ACCGUUGGGCGCGCCAACAUGGCCGCUUUGCCGGAGGAGCCGUCGGAGGCUGUAGCUGUAAAGCCCGAUCCUGAUGCAGGAGUGCCGCCGCCCGCUCCGGCUGCUCCUCUCUCCCAGUCCCCGAUCUCGGUGGCAGCAACAGCUGCAACAACUGUCCCCCCUCCGCCUGCCUCCUCGGUCGCCGCCACCCUUCUCGCGGAUGGGGAGCCGCUCGCGGGAGGAGUUGACUCGAAGGGUUCGGUGGCUUCCAGCCCUACGCCGGACGCCUCUCAACUAACCCCUGACCGGCAGACGCUGCUAGCGGUACUGCAGUUCUUGCGGCGCAGCAAUCUCCGCGAAUCUGAGGAGAUCCUCCGUAGGGAAGCCCGUGUCCUCGUCGACGACGUCCCGGGCGACCCGAAUCCCUCAGCGCCCGGAGCCCUGGGAGCUCAUGGCGGGGAAGGACAGGAUCCUAGUGUCGGGAUCUUGGCCCCCGGAGCUGGGGAUGUGCUGCUCAAUUCUGUCAGUUUUGGCCACACUGGAGCUACGAUCUCUCCAGCCUCUAUCGCGACCCCUCCCGCAGCGCCCCUGGGCCCUCCUGGGAAAGUUGGAGUUCUUGUGGAAGAUCAGCCAGAUGUGAGUGCAGUGUUAUCUGCUUAUAAUCAACAGGGAGACCCCGCACUUUACGAAGAAUACUACAGUGGAUUGAAACACUUCAUUGAAUGUGCUCUGGAUUGCCAUAGAGCUGAAUUAUCACAACUUUUUUAUCCUUUGUUUGUACACAUGUACUUAGAACUAGUCUACAAUGGACAUGAAAACGAAGCAAAAUCCUUCUUUGAAAAGUUUCAUGGGGACCAAGAGUGCUAUUACCAAGAUGACUUGCGUGUACUAUCAAGCUUAACCAAAAAAGAGCACAUGAGGGGAAAUGAGACUAUGCUGGAUUUCCGAACAAGCAAGUUUGUGUUGCGAAUUUCCCGUGAUUCUUACCAGCUUCUGAAGAGACAUCUUCAGGAGAAACAGAAUAAUCAGAUCUGGAGCAUUGUUCAAGAACACCUUUAUAUUGAUAUCUUUGAUGGAAUGCCUCGUAGUAAACAACAGAUUGAUGCUAUGGUGGGAAGUUUAGCUGGAGAAGCAAAACGAGAAGCAAAUAAAGCAAAGGUAUUUUUUGGCUUAUUAAAAGAACCAGAAAUUGAGUUGCCUUUGGAUGAUGAAGAUGAAGAAGGAGAGAAUGAGGAGGGCAAGCCAAAGAAAAAGAAGCCAAGAAAAGAUAGCAUGGGAUCAAAAAGUAAAAAGCAGGAUCCAAAUGCCCCUCCUCAGAAUAGAAUCCCUCUUCCUGAGCUAAAGGAUUCUGAUAAGCUGGAUAAAAUAAUGAAUAUGAAGGAAGCCACUAAACGUGUUCGGCUUGGUCCUGAUUGUUUGCCUUCUAUUUGCUUCUACACAUUUCUUAAUGCAUACCAGGGCCUUACAGCUGUGGAUGUUACAGAUGACUCUAGCAUGAUUGUUGGAGGCUUUGCUGAUUCCACUGUCAGGGUAUGGUCUGUGACACCCAAAAAGCUUCGCAGUGUGAAAUCAGCCACAGAUCUCAGUCUCAUAGAUAAAGAAUCUGAUGAUGUUUUAGAAAGAAUCAUGGAUGAAAAAACAGCAAGUGAACUGAAGAUUUUAUAUGGUCAUAGUGGACCUGUCUAUGGUGCCAGCUUUAGCCCUGAUAGGAACUAUUUGUUAUCAUCUUCAGAGGACGGCACUAUCAGAUUGUGGAGUCUUCUAACCUUUUCUUGUUUAGUGGGAUACAAAGGACACAACUAUCCUGUAUGGGACACACAAUUCUCUCCAUAUGGAUAUUACUUUGUAUCUGGUGGUCACGACAGAGUGGCUCGUUUGUGGGCUACAGAUCACUAUCAGCCUUUGCGGAUCUUUGCUGGUCAUCUUGCAGAUGUCACAUGUACACGUUUUCACCCAAACUCCAACUACAUUGCUACAGGCUCAGCAGACAGAACUGUGAGGCUUUGGGAUGUACUUAAUGGAAACUGUGUAAGAAUCUUCACAGGACAUAAGGGACCAGUUCAUUCAUUAGCAUUUUCUCCUAAUGGAAGAUUCUUGGCAACUGGAGCAACUGAUGGAAGAGUGCUUCUGUGGGAUAUUGGCCAUGGUUUAAUGGUAGGAGAAUUAAAAGGACAUUCAGACACAAUCUAUGCACUCAAAUUCAGUAGAGAUGGAGAGAUCUUAGCUUCAGGUUCAAUGGACAACACAGUUAGGCUCUGGGAUGCUGUGAAAGCAUUUGAGGACUUGGAGACAGAUGAUUUUACAACAGCCACUGGACACAUAAACCUUCCUGAAAGUUCACAGGACUUGCUGUUGGGCACGUAUAUGACCAAAUCAACCCCUGUUAUACACCUCCACUUUACUCGAAGAAAUUUACUUCUUGCUGCUGGGGCUUAUAGUCCUCAGUAAAGUAGGUGGCUUGAUUAUGCAAGUCUUGUAAAGUAUGCUUAGAUCUUCGUAGUACUGAAUACUACUGUUAAUAUAUUGUACUAAUGAACUGAAGUUCUACUGGUACAACGAGUGCAAACUGUAAGUAUAGCAGGGCAGAAAGAAAAAGAGUGGCAUUUCUGCUUUUUUCCACCCCCCUCCCAAUUUGUGCAGUCUUUUCCAGUGAAACCAGAAAGAAGGAAUUAAGUGAUGCCUGCUGCAAAGGUAGUGUAGGUAGAUAGGCAGCUAAUUUGGGUACCAUGUCUAGGAGGUAGUCCUGCUGGCUUCUAGUCAAUCCUUUUUUCUCUUUCCCAUAUGGUCCCUGGGAUACCUUUCCCAACAUUAUCAUAGGUUUAGCUACUCAAAUAUUUAUCUGUAAAACUUGUUCAAAAAAGUUAGGAGGGUAGAAUGUACAGAGCAAUGUGCUACAUUUAUGUAGCAAAGAAGCCAGAAUGAUUCUUUGACUUAAGCACCCCAGAGCUUAAAAAUAUCACAUUAUAUAACUACGUAUGUAUUGGGAAUUACUCAAAUAAGUAGCAUUUUAGAAGAUGGACUUUAUAAAUGUUACUUAAAACUUUUAACAGAGAAACUGGCUUCUUUAAGAAUUCUGAAUAUUGUUCUACAGAAGUAAAAACUAUUGUCACAGAAAAAUGAUUAUUCAAAUGUGAAUCAGAAAAAUAGCGGGCCUUAAACUUUUCCGUAAUUCUUGGGUUUAUGCUUUCAUUGAAAUAUAUCAGUUAUACAUUGAGUGUUGAAAUCAAGCAGUAUGGAUCCAGUAUUUUUUAAAAAAUUGAUUUUGUAUUUUAUACAGUUUUA